CCAAACUCGCCAUUAAGAGGCACCUCUUCUCCCCCAAACCAUCUCUUUCUCUUUCUCUCCGCCACUCUGCCUCUCGCCUUCGCUCCCCUUAUCCUCUUCUCCUUCCUGCUUCCUACCCUCAAUUUCAACCCCCAACCCCUCUCCUAAAACCUACCCCCUUUACGCCCUUCCAAUGGCUUCCUCUUCAACCUUCACCCGCGCAUCCAUGGCGGAAUCCUGCCUCCUAUCACUUCCUUCCAUCAUCACCACUCCCAGAACCCCUCUCCUCGCUCUAUCAAUCCCAUCUCGACCCCUCAAGCUCCAUCUCUCGCACUCCCUCUCUCUCAGACCCACUACCCACCUCCGCUUUCCCUCUCUUAUCCCCUUCGUUGCCCAGACCUCCGAUUGGGCUCAGCAGGAUGAGCAGAACACCACAGCCACCAUUGCUGACUCGGAACAAGGAGACGGAGAAGGAAGCAGCUGGGAGAACGAAGGUGAAGAUUCGGCAGUCGCGGAGGUGCCGGAGGCUUCGUAUGCCGCCGCUGGAGAUGGAAUUGAGGCGCAGGAGCCGCCGGAGGACGCCAAAGUGUUCGUCGGUAACUUGCCCUACGAUGUGGACAGUGAGAAGUUGGCUAUGUUGUUCGAGCAGGCUGGUACUGUCGAAAUUGCUGAGGUCAUUUACAACAGGGAGACUGAUAGCAGCCGAGGUUUCGGGUUUGUGACCAUGAGUACUGUUGAAGAAGCUGACAAGGCUGUCGAUAUGUUCAGCAGCUAUGACAUGGGAGGGAGGCUCUUGACAGUGAACAAAGCUGCUCCCAGAGGAUCAAGGCCGGAGCGUGCUCCUCGUGUGUUUGAACCUGGUUGCAGAGUAUACGUGGGGAACCUGCCAUGGAGUGUCGAUGAUGCUCGCCUCGAGCAAGUCUUUAGCGAGCACGGCAAGGUCACAAGCGCACGAGUAGUCUACGACAGGGACAGUGGCCGCUCACGUGGUUUCGGGUUUGUGACGAUGGCUGACGAGACGGAGAUGAAUGAUGCCAUCGCCGCUCUUGAUGGACAGGUAUAUAUGCAUCUUUGCAUUUACGUGAUUGUUUGCUGGUUCGUUGUAGCGAUAAAGAGUGAGGUUCUUAGUAAUGUUUUCUUUUGUAUGCAGUCUCUUGAUGGGAGGGCCAUCCGAGUAAACGUUGCGGAGGAGAGACCAAGGCGAUCUUUCUAAGGUCUCUGCUGAUUGUAAGACAGGAGGGUCACCAUGAUUUUUGCCUUCCUUUCCGGGACGUAGGGCUGGCUGGUUGGAGAGAAGAGAAGGUCAGAGGGUCUCGAGUUUUCAGUUUCAUUUAUCCAAUAGUUAUAAGAUUUUAUCCGGGUGGUUUCUUCAACAUGCUGUAUAAAGGAAUUUACCUAUUGGAUGUUGUUUCCCGUCUAGUUUUUUUCUUCUUUUCUGUAUGCCAAAUCCUUGAUGCAUUGCGAUUUGCACAAGCAGAAUAUUUUACCCGUAUAGCUGCACUUGAAGCGAUAAAGGUAAC